GGUUGUCGGGCCUCAGCGGGCAGAAGCUGGGCGAAUCCUGGGGCUCUGUCCGGGCGGGAGGGCUGCCCUGAAGAGCAGGGGCUGGGGCCGUUUUUUCGGGCAAAAAGUAAAGUAAACCGGAUCAAUUGCCCUGUUUUUCCAAAGAGGGAGCUUACUCUUCAUGGAGGGGUAGAGGGCGCUGGUACUGGGGGUUCAAUUGCGGUUGAAUUCCCCGCCGAGCGGGGGGCCCGGGGCGUGCUGUGUAAAGGUGAAAAUGAAAAUAAAACUGAAGCGGGGAGGGGGCGGCGCCGGGCGCGAUAAAUCUCCGUCAUUUCUGCCGGAGGCGGAAUAGCCGGGUGGGUGAGGGGGGUCCGGGGCCGGGUCCGUGCCCUGGGGCGGUGUCCGCAUUCCGCGAUGCUGCCGGCGGUGGCGGUGGCGGUGGCGGUGGCGGUGGUGGCCGUGGCUGUGGCUGUGGCCGUGGCCGUGCCCGCGCUACGGCACCGCUUAGUCCGUUCCGCGCUGCGCCGCGCCGGGCGCCGGUACCGGCGGCGGCUGGAAGCUCUGGACAGCGGCGUGCGGCUGCGACAGGAGCGGCGGCUGCGGCGCCUGCUGGGCACCGGCACCGGCACGGCCGGCGGAUGGGAGGAGUUCCAGGAGCGGCAUCCCCUGGGGCAGCCCUGUCGGGACGAAGCGCCGGGGGUUCCGGUUCCACGGAACCUGCGUCUCUGGACUCUGCUCCCCGGCUGCUGGGACACCGACCCCCGGCUGCAGGGCUCCCUGCUCUACCUGGAUGCCCUCGGCGCCGCCUUUCCACGGGCACUGGCCCGCCGGGGCACGGCCCUGCUGCACUGGAGCCCCGGCUGUCCCCGCGCCCCGGCGGGGUGGCCGCUGCCCACCCUGUACUGCACGCCGUGCGCGGCGGCCGUGCUGCCCUCGCGGGCCGCUGCGCUGCGGGUGCAGCUGCUCUUUGCCCUGCGGCAGCGUGCCCUGCAUGUGCUGGAGGCCGGGCUGGCAGCCGAGCUGCACGAUGCGCUGGUGACCCUGCGCACUGAAUGGCCUCGACUGGCCCAGGAGCUGGAGUUGGGCAGGCUGAGCCCCCAGCCCGGGCUGCCCGAGGGGGUGCGGGACCAGCUGCAGGCACUGCUGACCCCCGCUGUUGCCCGGGCAGCGGAGCUCCGUGCUGAGUGUGCCCGCGGCUUCGAGGGCAUCGCGUUGCGCCUGUGGCCACGGCUGGAGGUGGUGGUGGUGAGGACGAUGUGUGGUGCAGAGCGACUCUACUGCGACUCCCUCCGCCAGGCUGACUGCCAGGGGCUGCCCUUCUACUGCCCCUUCUACCAGGCAGCAGGAGCCCUGCUUGGUGUAAACCUGUGGCCAGUGGAGCCAGUGGCCCGAUUUGUGCUGUGCCCUGACUGGGCUUUCUGUGAGUUCCUGCCCUGCCUGGCCAGCAAGGAGCCUGUGCUGCAGCACAGGAAGCUGGCAGCUUUAACCUACGCAUGGUCUGCUCCAGGUGACUCUUCGGGGCCCUGUGCCCCCCACUACGAGGUGUUCAUGGAGCUGCAGGGCCUGCGGGACCUGUCGGAGGGGCAGCGCUACAAGCUGGACCAGUGUCUCCAGGAGGAUUUCCCCAUCUACAAAUCCUUCCGCUUCAAGGGCAGCAUCGGGCCCCUGCGCCUGCACCUGGUGAUGCCCAGGACCUUCACCCGGCUGCGGGAAGCACUGGGCUCCCCCGUGCCCAUGCCCAGGGUCCUGCGUGAAGAGCAGCUGCUGCAGCUCAUCCAGGGAGCAGUCAUCUCCUAGGGCAUCUCCUGCAGCCUUUCCACCCUGGGGUUCACUUGGCACGCACCCUCUGAGGAGGGACUGUGUCCCUGGGGUGGGAGGGCGGGGGGACAAGGGUGCCCAUCCCCAAGGGUUUGGCUGAGUGGAGCAAAUGGAGACAGUGAGCUUGACUGUGAUCCAUGGCAGCAGCAGGCACCGCUGGGCACCACUCAGUGCUGCUGUGGAGAUGGAGCAGGAGCUUGGGAGCCUCACGGGGCAGCGGGAUCCUGCAGCUGCAGGACCCCCUCACUCAGUGCCUUGGCAGCACCUGCAGCUGCAGUGGAGUGUGUGCCUUUCCCAAGGGACCACUGUGCACCACAGCCCGUGGCUGAGGCAGAGGGCUCAGCAGAAACCUGCAGGAGCAGGAGGAGCAGAAGAGCUGUGCCUCAUCACUGAGCACUGGGGCCCUGUGGCAUUUUGUCCCCUGGCAGGGACACUGCGGGCACGGCUCAGGUGGCUGGUGGUGGCAGGUGUCACAGAGCAGCCCCAGCUGGGAUUCAGUGCGUGUCCACUGGUUUAAGAAUAAGCUCUGGUGAGGGCUGCUUUUAAUGUUUUGAAAACCAAAUGCAAAAUAAAGGAGGAUUAUCUUUUUAAAAUAAAUAAAGGACUGCA